GCGGGGCUGCGCGCCGGGCGCCGGCGACAAUGGGCUUCUGUGUGUGCAGCUGUCGCCGCCGCCGUCGCGGGCCGGGGGAGGGGGGCGGGCCGCCGCUCCUCGACCCCCCUCCCCCGGGCCAAGACCCCCCGAAAAGUAACCGGCCUCUUGCUCCCCGGGCUAGAAUCGGGCCGCGCGGGCUUGUUUUUUCUUCUGAUUUAUCAGUAAGUCGCCCUUGCCCCAGCCCCCGCUUCCACUUCCCCCGUUUCUCGCUCUUCCCCCCACGCCCCAACUUGACGAGAGAGGGGGAUCUGUCCGGCCGGGGGCGACCACUUUGUGCGCCCCGGGGAGCGCGACCUGCACCAGGCGCGCCCAGCGGGGGAUGCGGUGACCGAGGGGCCGCGAGCGCCGGGCAGCUCGUCCACUCCUUCCCGACCCCGGCACCCGGGCUUCCAGAGGGAACUGCACUUUGGCAGAGUUGAAUGAAUGAAGAGAGACGCGGAGAACUCCUAAGGAGGAGAGCAGACUGGUUGGACUCCCCAUUGCUUUUCUAAAAAUCUUGGAAACGUUGUCCUUCACUGAAUUACGACACUGUCCACCUUUAAUUUCAUUGAAAACGCCUGUAACUCGGCUGAAGCCAUGCCUUGUGUUCAGGCGCAAUAUGGGUCCUCGCCUCAAGGAGCCAGCCCCGCUUCUCAGAGCUACAGUUACCACUCUUCGGGAGAAUACAGCUCCGAUUUCUUAACUCCAGAGUUUGUCAAGUUUAGCAUGGACCUCACCAACACUGAAAUCACUGCCACCACUUCUCUCCCCAGCUUCAGUACCUUUAUGGACAACUACAGCACAGGCUACGACGUCAAGCCACCUUGCUUGUACCAAAUGCCCCUGUCCGGACAGCAGUCCUCCAUUAAGGUAGAAGACAUUCAGAUGCACAACUACCAGCAACACAGCCAUCUGCCCCCCCAGUCCGAAGAGAUGAUGCCGCACUCCGGGUCGGUUUACUACAAGCCCUCCUCUCCCCCGACGCCUACUACCCCGGGCUUCCAGGUGCAGCACAGCCCCAUGUGGGACGACCCGGGGUCUCUCCAUAACUUCCACCAGAACUACGUGGCCACUACACACAUGAUCGAGCAGAGGAAAACACCCGUCUCCCGCCUCUCCCUCUUCUCCUUUAAGCAGUCGCCCCCGGGUACCCCGGUGUCUAGCUGCCAGAUGCGCUUCGACGGGCCCCUUCACGUCCCCAUGAACCCGGAGCCGGCGGGCAGCCACCACGUGGUGGACGGGCAGACCUUCGCUGUGCCCAACCCCAUUCGCAAGCCCACUUCCAUGGGCUUCCCGGGCCUGCAGAUCGGCCACGCGUCGCAGCUGCUCGACACGCAGGUGCCCUCGCCGCCAUCUCGGGGCUCCCCCUCCAACGAGGGGCUGUGCGCGGUGUGCGGCGACAACGCGGCUUGCCAGCACUACGGCGUGCGCACCUGUGAGGGCUGCAAAGGCUUUUUUAAGCGCACGGUGCAAAAAAACGCGAAAUACGUGUGUUUAGCAAAUAAAAACUGCCCAGUGGACAAGAGGCGCCGGAAUCGCUGUCAGUACUGCCGAUUUCAGAAGUGCCUAGCUGUUGGGAUGGUCAAAGAAGUGGUUCGCACGGACAGUUUAAAAGGCCGGAGAGGUCGUUUGCCCUCGAAACCGAAGAGCCCACAGGAGCCCUCUCCCCCCUCGCCCCCGGUGAGUCUGAUCAGUGCCCUCGUCAGGGCCCAUGUCGACUCCAACCCGGCUAUGACCAGCCUGGACUAUUCCAGGUUCCAGGCAAACCCUGACUAUCAGAUGAGUGGAGAUGACACCCAGCAUAUCCAGCAAUUCUAUGAUCUCCUGACUGGCUCCAUGGAGAUCAUCAGAGGCUGGGCAGAGAAGAUCCCCGGCUUUGCUGACCUACCGAAGGCUGACCAGGACCUGCUUUUUGAAUCAGCUUUCUUAGAACUGUUUGUCCUGCGAUUAGCUUACAGGUCCAACCCAGUGGAGGGUAAACUCAUCUUUUGCAAUGGGGUGGUCUUGCACAGGUUGCAAUGCGUGCGUGGCUUUGGGGAAUGGAUUGAUUCCAUUGUUGAAUUCUCCUCCAACUUGCAGAAUAUGAACAUCGACAUUUCUGCCUUCUCCUGCAUUGCUGCCCUGGCUAUGGUUACAGAGAGACACGGGCUCAAGGAACCCAAGAGAGUGGAAGAACUACAAAACAAGAUUGUAAAUUGUCUCAAAGACCAUGUGACUUUCAAUAAUGGGGGGUUGAACCGCCCCAACUAUUUGUCCAAACUGUUGGGGAAGCUCCCAGAACUCCGUACCCUUUGCACACAGGGUCUACAGCGCAUUUUCUACCUGAAACUGGAAGACUUGGUACCACCGCCAGCAAUAAUUGACAAACUUUUUCUGGACACUUUACCUUUCUAAGACCUCCUCCCAUGCACUUCAAAGGAACUGGAAAGAGAACUAAAACUGUUUAGAGGGGGCAAGUCACACGGGCAGAGAUAGCCCCCUGAGCUGUCUCAGCUCAAGCUGUUCCCCCCAUUCUGUAACCCCCCAACCCCUUGAUCCCUAAAGAAAACAAACAAACAAAAACUGUUGCUAUUUCCUAACCUGCAGGCAGAACCUGAAAGGGCAUUUUGGC